UAAGAGAGGUGAUGGUGUUAUAUAGCACGUAGCCGUGGAGGUUUAACAAGCAACAAAGGCGACACCUUGGAUGAAUUCAAGCGUUGAAAGCGAAAGAAGCCCUGACUGACGAAUGUUCAGCUGGGUCAGUGAUAUACAACCAUAAGAAGACAUUACACAGUACACCUGAACGAUCUGAGUGAGUGAGUAUGGUUUUACGUCGCUUUUUUAAGACACAAUGGAUGAAGUAAAUUGAUUUUCAUUUAUCCUCUCUGUGUGGGUGAUGAACAGGGGAAUUUCCACGAAAUAUUGAUUGACUGCUGUUGGCGGAACCUUUAAACGUGUUUGUACCUGGAAAUAUAAGGUGAAAAAAUGCUGGUAUUUCAGGUGAGCGUUGUAUGUUUGUUUGUUAUUGUACACAUUAAUCAGCAACAUAGUAAUUGGGUUGAAUUCUGAAUUGUCUGAAGUUAUAUUGCUGAAAUGAUUCCUUCUUUUAACUGACCCGAUCGUUAUAUUCUUGUCAACAGAUCAUGUUAGUCUCCUUUAGCGACAAUCAAUAGGGUGCUUGGGAUGUAUACUUACCUGGAGCAAAGUUUUAACAUUAGUUGGACGCACUUUAUAUUUAAUAGUAUGUCAGCCAUAUCACAGUGCCCGGUCACCCUUGUCUUCUCGUAUGACAAGUAAUAGUGUGCAGGGAACCUAAUGAACCUGAGAUCAUAGAUUGGUUAAACUUGCGAUUUGAGUUUUGUAGGAAUACAUGUUAGGUAUUACCCAAACCUAUUUUUAGUGGCAGGUGACUGGCUUUAUCUGUAUGCUAUUUCAUAGAAGCGGAAAUUGUGCUCCACUCAAUUGUGCGGGUCGGUUGUGCAAGUGAGUCGGGGUUUCCGCUUGGGUUGGCAGUGUCAGGGCGAGGUAAUUUAGCCAAGAGUUUUAAACUUUAACUAUCAGAUAUGUUGUGAUAAGCAGCAGACAUCAACAUCCAAUCAUCUGUAUGCUACUUACUAUCUAUUACCUGGUGUUAUCAUUUAGCUGUCAAGUUAUAAUGAGCCAUUCAAUGUUUAUAAACUGUGAUAUUAUUUAUCAGUACACCACGGGGAGUUCUGGCCAACAUGAGUGAGGUCUGCCCCCACUGCGGGGAGGGCUUUCAACGCCUUGCGUCUCACGAGUGGAGGUGCAAGGAGAAGGGAACAGCCGUCCCUGCUUCCUCCCGCCCCCAGUCUCGUUCAUCUGGGAGGUCCAGUACAAAAUCAGCCUCAGCAAGGAAUAGUGCUGGGCGAUAUACCACACCAUCAGCCUCAGUAGGGAAGAGUGCUGAGAGAUCUACCACACCAUCAGUCUCAGUAGGGAAGAGUGCUGAGCGAUCUACCACACCAUCAGCCUCAGUGGGGAAUAGUGCUGAGAGAUCUACCACACCAUCAGUCUCAGUAGGGAAGAGUGCUGAGCGAUCUACCACACCAUCAGCCUCAGUGGGGAAUAGUGCUGGGCGAUAUACUACACCAUCAGCCUCAGUGGGGAAGAGUGCUAAGAGAUCUACCAACUCAUCAGCCUCAGCAGGGAAGAAUGCUGAGAGAUCUACCACCUCAUCAGCCUCAGCGGGGAAGAGUGCUGAGAGAUCUACCACCUCAUCAGCCUCAGCAGGGAAGAGUGCUGGGCGAUCAACCACAUCAUCAGCCUCAGCAGGGAAGAGUGCUGGGGGAUCUACCACACCAUCAGCCUCAGCGGGGAAGAGUGCUGAGAGAUCUACCACGCCAUCAGCCUCAGCGGGGAAAAGUGCUGGGCGAUCAACCACAUCAUCAGCCUCAGCGGGGAAGAGUGCUGGGGGAUCUACCACACCAUCAGCCUCAGCGGGGAAGAGUGCUGAGAGAUCUACCACCUCAUCAGCCUCAGCGGGGAAGAGUGCUGAGAGAUCAACCACCUCAUCAGCCUCAGCAGGGAAGAGUGCUGGGGGAUCUACCACACCAUCAACUUCAGCAGGUAACGGUGCUUGGCGAUCUACCACGCCAUCAGCCUCAGCGGGGAACAUCGCUGGGCGAUCUACCACACCAUCAGCCUCAGCGGGGAACAGUGUUGGGCAAUCUACCACACCAUCAGCCUCAGCAGGUAAAGGUGCAGGUGCUGGGCCAUCUACCACGCCAUCAGCCUCAGCUGGGGGGAAUAGUGCUGGGCGAACUACCACAUCAUCAGCCUCAGCGGGUAACACUGCAGGUGCAAGGAAUGGCUACGUUUGUUCCAGAGAUGCAGAAACAGAACAAACACAGAUAUGGGAAACUACUAUUCAAACAACGCGCCCAAAGGACAUACCACAAAAGGACAUCCUGGACACGUUGGAGAUGGAUGCAUUGGUCAAAGAGAUGGUAGAGAGAAACAUCAUUUGGAACUCUGACGAUCCAAAAAAGGACAUCAAAAGGUUUUUUGAAAAUGAAGUUAAGAUGGAGCAGAGGGACAUCCAGCCGGCGUUAGUGCACUUUAAGUGGUUGAGGGAAAAGAUUGUUGGACGAUUAAACAGUGAGAUGAACUUUGGGACAUGGAAGGUUUGCAAUGCAGGGUCGCAUUUCGAUGGAACUAAGACCAAACUUGAGGCUGUGUUUGAUGACACCUGCGAAGCUGGAACCUGCAAGGUGAAGGUCGUCGGUGUCGUGGAUGACCACGAAAAGGAUCUCGAGCUAUUCCUUGAUGGAGGCUAUGUUAACUUUAAAAAGUUCAGGAAAUACGUCUUUGAGAAACUUGAACGUGUUCUUGAGACUGAUAGAAAGUUAAAGGAUGCUCGCAAGUUCAAAGAUUCACAGUCUUUUGCAGUCAGGUAUGAGGGUAUUGCAUCUGAGGAAGGGAUGAAAAGUAUUGACAUUGACUUUGUGCCAUCCUUAAACAUUAAACCCUGGCCUAGAAAGAACGUUUCCCGGGACAUUGAAGACAUCCUCCCGGACAAAGCUAAAGCUGCAUCCAUUAAGGAAAACGGAUUCAAUGUAACACCGAAGCAACAGAAUCAAGGAAAAUAUCCAGACCUCCAGUGGCAAGUUUCCUUUUCCUAUGCAGAGAAGGCCAUCACCAAACAUGCUGACAAGAUUUCUUGGAAACCGUCACUUAGAACAUUGAAAAGAGUCUUGGAAAUUGCAAACGGCAACAGUGAUUGUUGUGCCAAGGGCAAGAGUCCAGAACUCGUGCAGAUCCAGGAAGCAGUGAGAUAUGUCAAGGAGCAUAAUCCUAAACUGCGUUCCUCCCGACUGACGACAUACCACAUCAGAACACUUAUGUGGUGGCAGCUGUAUGAUCUUACAGCAGGGGAGCACGUUUGGAGGCAGGAAACAAUGGCUGCAAGAUUUCAGGACUGUCUCCGGAAGUUCCAGAAAAUGAUGACAGGGGAGAUAGUGGUGCCACACUUCUUCCUACCCCAGAUCAAGAACAUCUUACCGAGGAUGCACAAGGAGGAGAGGGCAUUUCUCUAUGUCAUAGCAAAGGCAACUGAGGUUGUGUUCACCAAAAAACAAUGACGCUCAAACUUGACAUUUCAAAUCAUUGGUAGGCCAAGGAUAUUUAUUUGUCAAUUCAACUUCAGAGUGAGUGAGUGGGGAUGAGGGGUUGGCAGACGAGGAAAUGGAAUGGCAUGGCAUUGAUAUGUAUGUGUUGUUGUUAUAUACCAUCUCCCUGUAUAUCAUGUGAGCGUUAAUAUUGAUACGCAACUUGUGUGAUCACUGGGAAAGUAGGAAUAAUACAGAGGGAGAAAAUCAGCGAGAACAGUUGGACACUGGUUACACCAGAAACUACAAAAGCUGCUGUUUCCACAAAAUGGAGUGAAGAACAGUGAAUUCUGUGUUGUUAUCAGUCCAGAUCAUGCAUGUAUUUCGACUCGUCCUUUGGUAUGAAACAGCCAGGGAAACGAACCAUUACCCUUAGGCAGUGUAGGACGACUGAUGCCAAAGGACAAUGGCCAAAUUGCAACACAUGAAGCAUGGAUUGGAAUGAUCUCAAUGUCGUGGCUGGCGCCUGGCGACAGGCGUUUUGUGUGUGGAAAUGAGACACUCUCAGGCUCCUGUCGGCCAACAGGGGAGAUAACUAGUGGAUAUUAAACCAACUUCAGACAGGGUGGACAGGGAUGCAUAACUAGAAGACCUUGCUGGACACUAAAACAUUCAGGUAAUCCUGGGAAUGAUAUUACAAAUCCCUGUCUCAAAGAUUAGCCAUAACCCUAAAUACAAUCAAGGAAGGACAUUCUUUUGUUUGCAGACAGUAUUUAAGGCAAGUGGAAAUAGUGUAGCAGUGACGUUUUCACGUUAUAUUUUGUUAUACAA